GAGUAAGAACUCUCAAAAACAUCACAACAGGAUUCAAACUUUUUUGUACUGAUGUAAAAACAUGGAACAUUUCCCAAGCUGAGUUCAUUGAUCUCCUGGACAGGCCGGCGAUCAUAAUUCUGUUUCGACGGAACAUUAUAGAACAAUUCACGAGCUGGAAGGUUGCAAUGCAAAACAAAGCUUGGAAUUCCGAAAUGAGUAUAAAACCCAAUAGUUCAGAACUCGUUUUCAAUAUUACGCAAUUUAAGGCAUUUGUCAUAGAGACAAAGAAACGAUGGAAGAACGCUUUGGAAAAAUUGAAAGGUUAUAAGGAUAAAUACGUUUUAACAUACGAGGAUUUGUCAUCAGAUGCAUUUACGGUUGUUCAAAGAGUCUAUGA